UCUGAUGAUCCUGCUUUCUUACUAGUUGGGACAGAAGUGAGUGCAAAGUUCAAGGGUGCCUUUUGUGAGGCAAAGAUAAAGAGGUUUUCAAAAUCAGUGAAAUGCAAGGUGGUUUUGAAAGAGGCGCCUUUUUCUACAAUUUUUGUCGAUCAUUCUCAAGUGCAGGGAAUCCUUGAAGUUGGACAAGCCGUGGAUGUCCUUAAUGGUAAAGAAACUUCAAAAGGUGUAAUUCAACAUGUAAAGGAUAACAGCACUUACACAGUCGUAUUUAAUGAUGGUGACGAACGUCAACUUCGAAGAACGCAGUUGUCUUUUAGCAGUCCAGUCGUUCCAGAAGUGGUAAAAGCAGGCAGGACAAAGAAUAAAGGGUAA